AUGGCCACGUCGGUGAUUCACAAUGGAGCCGGUCAUUUGAACGCAGAGGAAACCUUCGAACGGUGCAAGACAAAGCUGAUUUGCGCCCUGAAGGAGAAAGAGCCGACAUUUGCUGAAGUUGAGCGGCUAUUGGCAGAAACCCGAGUUUCAGGCCAGAUUUCUAUCUUCCAGAUCUUCACGGAAGGGAGAAGGAAUUUUAGAGACGCCCAUAACGAUGGUGGAGCCGUUAGACGCCCCGAUGGAGUGGAGGCUCGCAAUCCGAUGGAUGCGCUGAAACUUGAAGGCGGUCUUUGGGAUGCGCAUCUGGAAAUCAAUGGCCGGUUUCGGAAGUGGCUGUCAAAUAUCCAAGAAGAUGAGAAAAGGGGCAAAAAGCGACCUGUUGAGAAGCGCAAACUUAUCAACCGAUACUCCAAGUUUAUCAAGUCCAGCCAGGAGUUCUACGAGAAAUACAUCUACCACCUCCUGGACGAUUUUAAGGCCUAUCAUAUCCCACAAUUCGAAGAAGUUGCGAGAAGGAAGGGGUAUACAUUUGAAAAGGAGGACUCCCGGGACCCUGCCGGUGCUCUGGACUCUCAGCUAAAGAGUGUGAUGCUUUCAUCGUGCCAUGCUACGCUUAUCAGGCUUGGAGAUCUCGGACGUUACUAUCAAACUGAGCUAGUGGAUCAGCAGAAGAAGAACUGGGAGCGCGCUACAAAGAACUAUCUGAUGGCCUCUCUGGUGAAUCCGAACUCUGGAAACCCGUUCAAUCAAUUUGCCGUCAUUGCGCUUGCUGAAGAGCAGCAUUUGGAUGCGGUAUAUUACUUGUACCGAGCCCUUUCCGCACAAGAGCCGCAUCCUAAUGCCCAUAAGAACCUCACCAAAGAAUUCAAGAAGAUCCUAGUGGGGAAGAAAAAGGCGGAAUUAUCAGCAAUAGCCAAUGAUCCCCAGGCAGUAUUGGUCGGUGCCUUCUUAUUCCUACAUGCCCAAUGCUAUCAGGGGGACUCUCCUGAACAUGAAGAACGUGAGAAUGAGAUAAUGCGCCAGGUCACUGUUGAUUUGAAAGAGAACGUUCUUGAGCGGCCCCUUUUGGAGAAAUUUGCCCUCAUCAAUAUCGCCUCCGAAACUCAUGCAAAGGACACCAGUGCUCAAGUGUUCCUACGAAGGUUGAAUGUCAAGUUUUUUUUCACCCUUCUUCAGGUUUUCCUAGCCGAACUCGAAUGUUCUGCGGACAAAGUCACCUCGGUCGCACACUCAAUUCUUCCAGCUUUACGUCACUAUAGCAGCUGGUUGCUUGUCAAUAGCUCGGUAUUGGUAUCUGCCCCUGAAACUAAAGAUAGUCCACUGUGCAUACAGGUAAAGGAGCUUUGGAAGAGUUAUGCCAAUACGUUGACCCUCCUCACCUCCACCUUCGACAUUAUCAACUUGCCUGAUGUUGAAUACCUCCUUGAAGAAGAUGAGAAUACCCUUGGGUUCAAACCAUUUGCUCAUCCCAAUACCAUGCGACGCUAUGGACCUCCCGGAGCGACGAAACGUAGACAACAACAUACUGAAAAAGCAACGUCUAAUGAUAUAGAGAUGUUGUUUCGAAUCCGUCAGUUCGUGAUUGAUGGCCUUGACCUCGAACGCAAUGAGAGAAUUCCGAUAGCCAUGGUAAAUAAGGAGGAUGCAAGGCUGUUCGUUUACAAGGAGGAAGGUCUUCCGCAGUUUUCAAGCUCUCGCAGCCAACCCCGUGGUCAUGGCCAUACUCUUUCUUCCACUAGCAUUGACCGAGAUGAAAUACAGAAGCCAGCGCCUUCUUCGAGUGCUUUGGAGGACGGUGCAUCUAUAUCAGGCUCGGUCUCAAUGCAUCGAAUGGUCGAUAACCUGGUCGAGUCAGAGCCUGCCGAGAGUUUAACUGACGGCGAUAACGCACCAUCAUACUAUGCCACUGUCGAUUCGAACCACCGCCGGAGCAUUGUCCGUCAAGGGUUCGAAAGCGCAAUCCCAGGAGCCCAAGGAUCAUAUCAUUUCCAGUCUUAUUCUCCUGGUCCACCGCUUCCAAGUAUCAUGAACACCGCGUUUGCACCGCAGCCGGGUGAGGCGAUGUCUCCAACCAGCCGUCCCUCUACUGCCAUACCUAGCGCUUCCCCUCAGGUACUACCAGUUGGUGGGAAUAAUGUCCCCCCCUUCCCUAGUUCUUAUGGUUCACCGGCAUUUCAACAACCAAACUCUUCUCUAUCCUGCUCCACGGAUGAGUUUUCUAGCAGCCUUUCACACCUGCAGACCCCACGCCUUAGUAACGCAAUCAGCCAUAUUGGCGCAACUCCCUUUGGUGGCCAGCCGAGCGAGUAUGUCACCAGUUUUGGCCAAUAUCAACCGCGUCAGCUAUUCGGCUCAUCUUCAUUUUCCGGCGGUAUGCUAUAUGGAGGAAACCGCGAACUAGCCCUAAAUUAUACUGGAGUCAUUGGCGAGCAAACACGACAACACGGACAAGGAGGAUGA